AUGAUGUCGGUGACCGGCAGCGCACCACAGCUUACUGCGCGGGAGACGACGCCUGCGCUGACGCGCCACCUCCCAGCGCGUUUCCCGCCGCCGCGCGGUGUGGACAGCGGGCAGCCAGAUGUGUCGUGUCCUCCGUACGGACUCGGGAAGACCGGCGAGAAAGGCGCACUUCAGAGCCCGUUCCGGCACGCCUCCAAAGCGAUCUGCCAGCCGUCGAAGAGCAGCGAGGUAAACAUCCGCGGACUCCCCAAGCUGCAGCCGCCUUGUCACGAACGCAUCGUACGCAGCGCUUUCGUCGAGCGCAAACGCGGCUUGCGCAAGGAGACCUGUGACAGAUGCGGCAAACGACACCCGACCCUGCUGCACGACGAACGACUGGCCUCCGUGCACAGGGAGACACAAGAGAAGAGAUCGGUCCACGAUGGAUCUACUCAGACUGCAACGUCACUGCAGGUGACAGCCGAACGAGGGACGACACCCUGCUCACAUUCGAUGAUCGUACCCGUCAGGAUCUGGCACAGACUUCAUCCGGAGUUGAACCUGGUGACGUAUGCAGUUUUGGAUUCACAGUCGGACGCGUGCUUCCUGAAGAGCAGCGUUCGGGACUCUCUGCAAGCUGACGGUGAACCGAUACAGUUGGAGCUAAGCACGAUGGCCGGCAAGUCAAGGCUGGAGUCACUGGCUGUAAAGGACCUGGUCAUCGAAUCCCUGAGCACAGGCACCGAGAUUGAACUACCAACCACGUACACACGGGAUGACAUUCUUCUUGAUCGACAGCUGAUCCCAAGGAAGUCAACAAUUCAGGCUUGGGAGCAUCUCACAGAAGUGGCAUCGAGCCUACCGAGGUACUAUGAAGAGGCUGACAUCGGUCUGCUGUUGGGGUUGAACUGUGGUGCAGCCAUCAAGCCUCUGCAAACAGUCACAGGUGGAGACAACGAACCCUGGGCAGUUCGCACUGAACUGGGGUGGUCUGUUGUGGGCACGGUCGAGACACCGACGACGCCCUCUUCAGGCUGCUACCUCGUCAACGUGGGUAGUGACGUCACUAUCAGGCGACACUUUGCCUUCAGGAUGCAAGUGAGAGAAGUUACUCCAGAACAAGUAUCACAUCUCUUCGAUAGUGACUUCAAGGAGGUCUCAAAGGGUGCCAAGAUGUCACAAGAGGACAUGAGGUUCGAGACGUUGAUGAAAGAGCAGAUGGUGCAGGGAGAAGAUGGACACUUCGUAGCACCGCUGCCGCUGAAAGACCCGGACUCUCAGUUCCCGAACAACCGGAUCAUGGCAGAGCAGCGUCUUGCUUCCCUCAGGAGACGCUUGCUAUCGCAGCCGCGCUUGAAAGAAGAGUAUCAAGCAUACAUGCAGGAUAUGCUCGAUAAAGGCUACGCUGAAGCUGUUCCGGAUGACGAGCGAUGCCGUGACGACGGGAAGGUAUGGUAUGUCGCUCACCACGGAGUGUACAGUCAAACCAAACAGAAGCUGCGCGUAGUGUUUGAUUGCAGUGGAGAAUUCCAGGGAUGUUCCCUGAACAACCAGCUCAUGCAAGGGCCCGAUGUGUCCAACAACCUGUGCGGCAUCCUGACUCGGUUUCGAAAGGAGCGCAUCGGUAUCACAUGUGACGUGAAGGGCAUGUUCAACCAAGUCAGGGUAGCCCCCGAAGACAGAGACCUGAUAAGGUUUCUAUGGUGGGAGAACGGCGACAUGCGGCGAGAGCCAUCCGAGUACCGGAUGACGACACAUCUGUUCGGCGCUUCAUCUUCGCCGGCGUGCGCCAUGAGUGCCCUGAACAAGACAGCCGACCAGUACGAAGAAGUGUUUGGAUCUGACGCGGCAGACUUCAUCAGAAGAGAUUUCUAUGUGGAUGAUGGUCUGACGUCGACUACCGAAGAGAAGUCAAGUGUGCAGCUGGUCAAGGACACGAUCAGCAUGUGCUCGAGUGGAGGUUUUGAGCUGCAUAAGUUCACAUCCAACUGUCCCGAGGUGGUGGCAAGUGUUCCCGAGAGCCGGCGUGCAAAGUCCUUGGAGCACGUGGACAUCUCUGAAAGGACUGUCAUUGAACACGCACUCGGCAUGAAAUGGAAUCUUCAAGAAGACUCGUUCCACAUAAAUACGGACAUCUCAGUGAAGCCGACAACCAGGAGAGGAAUCCUCUCCAUGGUCAGCUCCCUGUAUGACCCACUCGGCUGGGUGGCCCCAUUCACACUUCUAGGAAAGAACAUUGUGAAGCAACUGUGCUGUGACGGGCGUGACUGGGAUGAGCCUGUUCCGGACCACGUCGAGCCCCCGUGGGAGGAAUGGAAGACGGACCUGAAGCAGAUCGCAGACAUCUCUAUUCCAAGAAGGUACGCCUUCUCUGAGCACAGCCUGGCGGACUGCAGAUGUGAACUGCACCACUUCUCGGACGCAAGCCUAGAUGGAUAUGGAGCAUGCAGUUACUUGCGUAUCAUAGAUCAAGAUGGAUCAGUUACAACGUCACUGGUCAUGAGCAAGAGUCGUGUCACACCGAAGAAGUCAGUGACAAUCCCAAGACUGGAGCUGGCUGCAGCUGUGGUAGCAGUGAGGACAAGUGUCUUCCUGCGAAGUGAGCUCUGUCUGCCAAACCUCACCGAACACUUCUGGACAGAUAGUUUGGCCGUGUUGGGUUACGUUCAAAACGAAAGCAAACGGUUCCACGUCUACGUGGCUAACAGAGUGCAAGAGAUCAGACAGUUCUCGUCAGCCCGACAGUGGAGGUAUGUCCAGUCAGCGGACAACCCUGCCGACCUAGUCUCACGCGGGAUGCGGGCCGACAGUCUCAAGACGAGCACCCUAUGGAGAGGUCCCAUCAGGCGUAUAUACUGCGACAAUGGAACUAACUUCAUUGGUGGGAAGAACCUGUUGGAGAGCGCUCUGAAAGAAGAGGAUCACAAGCGAAUCGCUCAGACACUCAGUAAAGACAACUGCGACUGGGAGAGGCGGAAAUGGCAGCGGCCAGAACACAACCUGCAGGAGGACGACGUUGUCAUCAUGGUUGAUGACAGCCAACCGCGAGGCGCCUGGCCACUAGGCCUGGUUGUGGCGACGUACCCGGCUACGGACGGACUUGUGCGAAGGGUGCGAGUGCGUGUAAACGCUUUUACGUGA